AUGUCGACGAACAGCGGCCUAAAAGCCAUAUCGCCCGUCCCGACCGCGGCGGAUUUCCUGGACAUAGUGUUGAGCAAGACGCAGCGCAAGACGCCGACGGUGAUCCACAAGAACUUCAAGAUCUCGCGUAUCCGGAAUUUCUACAUGCGUAAAGUAAAGUUCACGCAGGAUAGCUUUGACGAGAAGCUCGGGGCGAUUCUCACGGAGUUUCCGGUGCUCGACAACCUGCACCCGUUUCUGGCGUCGCUGAUGAACGUGCUGUACGACAAGAACCACUACAAGCUCGCGCUCGGCCAGCUGCGCACCGCGCGCCACCUGAUCGACCAGGUCGCGAAGGACUACGUCCGCCUGCUCAAGUUCGGCGACUCGCUCUACCGCUGCAAGCAGCUCAAGCGCGCCGCCAUGGGCCGCAUGGCGACGAUCAUGCGCCGCCAAAAGGACCCGCUCGCCUACCUCGAACAAGUCCGCCAACACAUCUCGCGCCUCCCCUCAAUCGACCCCUCAACCCGCACCCUGUUAAUCUGCGGCUACCCGAACGUCGGCAAGUCCUCCUUCAUCAACAAGAUCACGCGCGCGGACGUCGACGUGCAGCCGUACGCCUUCACCACCAAAUCUUUGUUCGUAGGGCACCUCGACUACAAAUAUUUGCGGUGGCAGGUGAUCGACACGCCCGGGAUCUUGGACCACCCGCUCGAGGAGAUGAACACGAUCGAGAUGCAGAGCAUCACGGCGCUCGCGCAUCUGAAGGCGUGCGUGCUGUACUUUAUGGAUCUGAGCGAGCAGUGCGGGUAUAGCGUCGAGGCGCAGUGCAAGCUGUUCCACUCGAUAAAGCCGCUCUUCGCCGGCAAACCGGUCAUGCUCGUCAUCAACAAGAUCGACGUGACGCGCCUGUCCGACCUCGAUCCCUCCGUGCGGGCCAUGGUCGACGACAUCGUCUCCACGUCCGACGUCCAGCUCGCUCAAAUGUCAACAUUCACGGACGAGGGCGUCAUGGACCUCAAGAACCGCGCGUGCGACACUUUACUAGCCCAGCGCGUCGAGUCGAAGCUCAAAGGCGCGAAGAUCAACACGGUCUUGAAUCGGAUACACGUCGCGGUGCCCAAGGCGCGCGACGAGGUCGUGCGCGCGCCGUUUAUACCUGAGGGCGUGCAGGGGCGGAAGAAGUACGACCGGGAGGAUCCCGGGCGGAGGCGGCUGGCGAGGGACGAGGAGGGCGAGAACGGGGGGGCUGGGGUGUUCAAUAUCGAUAUCAAACAGGAUUAUAUACUCGCGAACCCCGAGUGGAAACAAGAUAUCAUCCCCGAGAUCAUGGACGGCAAGAACGUCGCGGACUUUAUCGACGCGGACAUCGUCGAGCGCCUAGAAGCGCUCGAGCGCGAAGAAGAAAAGCUCGUCGCGGAGGGUUAUUACGACUCCGACUCUGACCGCCCCCUCUUCGACUCGGACGACGAGCGCGACCGGGCGGCGAUCGGGGAGAUGGACCGGCACAAAUUGCAAAGUCAGGAGAAGAAGCGGCUGAAGUCUACGGCGAGAUUGCCGGCGAGCGCGAAGGUGCGCACGAUAAGCGAGCUGGCGCGCGAUCUGACGAGGGCGGGGCACGAUCCGAGCCGGAUCGAGGAGCGCGCGGCGGUGCUGGCGAAGGCGCGCGGCGCGAAGCGCAAACGCUCGCCUUCGUCUGACGACAGGAUGGACGUUGACGGCGCGGAGUUCGCUUUGGACGCAGAUGCCGAUAUGGACGUCGACCAGGACGGAGAACCCACGUCCGCGACAAAACGCUCAAAAACAAACUCCGGCCGCGCCCUCUCCACCUCCACAACCAAACGCGCACCGAAAACCGACCGGCAAGCGGCGGGCCUGCGCGACGAGGAGCAGGCGCGCCGCGCGACGAAGCUGCGCAACUUCGACCAGAGGCCGCGGAAUUAUAUGGCCAAGGCGGGCGAGGCGGACCGCAAGAUCCAGACGAAGAUGCCGCGGCAUUUGUUUGCGGGGAAGAGGAAGAUGGGGAAGACGGAGAGGCGGUAG